CUCACCGCUCGGGAAACCCUCGGGGCAGUACGUGGUGUCUUGCAGGGGCAGGGGCUAUGUAACAGCCUAACCAACCUGAGCUGCCCGGUCGUGUCUCACCCACUCUUUUACCACUCGCUCUGCCCUUCCUUUUUGAUUGUUUCCCACCCAUUUUUUGGCCCGACCUUUUCUUCCUUAUACGAUAGCUUGUCUCGACCCUGGAACAACUGUCCUCCAGGUCUUUUGGUGCCGUCAAAUAUCCCCUUGGUCCAGUUCGCGCCACAAUGGCGUCCCCCGCUGUCAAGCAAGCGAUCGCUGAAGCGGCGUCGCAGUACACCAAGCCCGAAGGGCACGUUUUCCAAUAUGGCACUGCUGGAUUCCGUAUGAAGGCUGACCUCCUCAACACGGUCGUCUUCACCGUUGGCUUGCUUGCGGGCCUUCGUUCCAGGAAGCUCAGUGGACAAUGGGUCGGUGUCAUGGUCACCGCCAGUCACAACCCCGCAGAAGACAACGGUGUCAAGUUGAUCGAUCCCAUGGGUGAAAUGUUGGAGGCCGAAUGGGAAACCUAUGCGACUAGGCUCGCCAACGCUCCCCUUGACAAGGUCAGCGAGGUCUACGAGGAGCUCAUCAAGGAGAUUGAUGUCAGCAUGGAGAACCCCGCUCGUGUUGUUUUCGCUCGCGACACUCGCGCCUCUGGUUCGCGUCUUGUGUCCGUUCUCAACGCUUCGCUCACCGCUUCGGAGGUCGAGUUUCUCGAUCUGAAGUACAUGACCACCCCCCAGCUGCACUAUGUUGUCCGCUGCAAGAACACCCUGGGAACCCAGUACGAGUACGGUGAGCCCACGGAACAGGGUUACUAUGAGAAGCUUGCCGAGGCCUUCAAGAGAGUCAUGCGUGGUGUCAAGGUCAAGGGCUCCUUGACCGUCGAUUGCGCAAAUGGCGUUGGUGGACCCAAGCUGAGGGAGCUCCUCAAGUACCUGCCUAACGCUGAAGAGUCCGGCCUUGAUAUCAAGGUGGUCAACGACGACGUCAUUAACCCCGAUAGCCUGAACUUCGAGUGUGGCGCCGACUAUGUCAAAACGAAGCAGCGUGCCCCGCCAUCCUCCAAGGCCGGUGCUCUUGACCGCUGUGCUUCUCUGGAUGGCGACGCCGACCGUCUGGUCUACUACUUCGUCGAUGAGAGCAACGUCUUCAGACUGCUUGAUGGUGAUCGCAUCGCCACCCUUGCUGCCUCCUUUAUCGGUGACCUCGCUCGGAGCGCCGGCAUCGCGCAGAAGCUCAAGAUUGGUGUUGUGCAGACCGCUUAUGCCAACGGGUCCAGCACCGACUACAUCGAGAAGGUCUUGAAGCUGCCCUCUGUUUGCACCAACACUGGUGUUAAGCAUCUCCACCAUGCCGCCUUGCGCUUCGAUGUCGGCGUCUACUUUGAGGCUAACGGCCACGGCACAAUCACUUUCUCUGAGACCGCCUUGAAGACCAUCAAGCAGGCGGAGCCUCAGUCUCCUGCUCAGCAGCGCUCCCUCGAGUGCCUGCAGGCCCUCACGGACUUGAUCAACCAAGCCGUCGGCGAUGCCCUCUCUGACAUGCUCCUUGUCGAGGCUAUUCUUGCCCACAAGGGCUGGAGUACCAAGGAAUGGCUUGCCACCUACACAGAUCUUCCCUCCCGACUUGUGCGUGUGGAGGUUGCGGACCGCUUCAUCUUCAAGGCCUAUGAUGCUGAGCGUAAGCUUGAGUCGCCCGCUGGCCUCCAGGGGAAGAUCGAGUCUCUGCAAUCCCGUUACAACAAGGGUCGGAGCUUUGCCCGUGCCAGUGGCACAGAGGAUGCCGUGCGUGUCUACGCCGAAGCGGCCAGCCGGUCCGAGGCGGACGACCUCGCUACCCGCGUCGCCAACGCCGUCCGUGAGGCCGGUAGCGCCAAGGAAACCGUGCAGUCGCCUUGAGCAAGCGGUACUGCUGUGAAUUUCCGAGUGGCUCUAUCUACCACUGCUUAAAAAAAAGGGGAGGCAGAGUUGACUCGCCAGUGAAAGAAAAUUUGGACCGCAUGAACAAACAGGAAAGCUUUGCGAGCAUCCAGCCAUAGAGACGUAUGGGAAUUAUUACGAAUGAAUUUAUGAUACUUAGUUUAAUCUUGCAUUGAAAGCAUAGGAAGAAGCUGCUUGUGACCUGUGAUCCCCCCCUUAUCUUCGGGGCUAAAUUCUGUGAUUCGAUCAAGUUUACACUCACUCACUCACUCACCCACGCACCCAUUUUAACCUUUAUUUUGGUUGUGCAUGCACUAGAUCAAACCAGUCUAGAUUCCAUAGACCUGCAAUUUGUGAUGUCUUCGACUCCAACAGCGUGGUGAAAAAUACCCAACCCAUUUACAACACUCGGCUAGGGUAGGUAGG